GGGGCUCUGGGUAUAAAGAGCCAGAACCCACCUAAAGGUCCCCAGCCCAGCCCGCUCUUCAGACCUGCUGUCCCUUCAGCCUGGCUCAGACAGGUAGUUGGAUUGCAGACACAGCCCCCUUCUCUUGCCUCUAUAUCUUGCUUUAUAGCAGCCCUGCACUAUACACCGACCCAAGAUGGAAGGAAUGACCUAUGCCUUUGUCUUCAUGUUGGCAGGCCUGCCUGCUUUGGAAGCCAAUGACCUAUUAGAUAGAAGCAGUCCCUUCUACUAUGACUGGGAAAGCCUACAGCUGGGUGGGAUGAUAUUUGGAGGGCUGCUGUGUGCCGCUGGAGUUGCCUUUGUCCUGAGUAGCAAAUGCAAAUGUAAGGGCAGUCAGAAGUCCAGUCCCUUACCUGAGAAGCCCAUGCCACUUCUCACUGCAGGCCCUGCCAGUACCUGCUAAGUACCAGACAGCUUAAAGGGACUCCUGGGCCCCACAGCUUUUGCUACCCUCUGCUGCUUUUCCUUCCUGGUUCUUCCUGUAUGGCCUCCCUCCAGGACUGGCUGUUCGGUGCCCUGAUCAGGGCAAUGUCCAAAGCUUAUUUUGGUAUCCAAAUAAACUGGUCUUACCUCUCC